GUGCAGCGGGGACACAGGCCCCAUCGAUUCAACACAACUGCACACAUAAGCAUUUACUAAUAAUAAAGCCCCUGUUUGUAUGUCAUUUUCAUGGAGUACUAUCGCUAACACAUAUGGAGUGUCAAGAGGAAAAGCCGAUCAUCUACACAAUGGAAAACAAGCCGAUUGUGACAUGUGGUGGAGACCAGAGCUUGUUUACUUCUCUCUAUACCUCGUUGGCCCAACAACUUCCCAGAGAGCCAAUGGAGUGGAGGAGGACGUACGGCCGUGCACCGAAAAUGAUCCACCUUGAAGCUAAUUUUGUCCAGUUUAAAGAGGAGCUGCUCCCAAAGGAGGGCAACAAGGCUCUCCUCACCUUCCCCUUCCUCCACAUCUACUGGACUGACUGCUGUGACACAGAGAUGUAUAAGACCUCGGUGAAAGAGGACAUGACGCGCUGGCAGAACAGUUUGCGGACGCACGGCUCGGCAGACUGGGUCAUCAUCGUCGUGGAGACCAACGACACGAAGAAGAAGAACAAGACCAACAUCCUGCCCAGGGCGUCAAUCGUGGACAAGAUCCGCAGCGACUUCUGCAACAAGCAGAACGACAGGUGUGUGGUGCUGUCAGAUCCUCUCAAGGACUCGUCUCGGUCUCAGGAAUCCUGGAACUCCUUGCUGCUGAAGCUGCGGACGCUCCUCCUCAUGUCCUUCACAAAGAACCUGGGCCGCUUCGAAGACGACAUGCGGACGCUCCGAGAGAAGCGCACCCAGCCGGGCUGGAGCUUCUGCGAAUACUUCAUGGUCCAGGAGGAGCUGGCCUUUGUGUUUGAGAUGCUGCAGCAGUUUGAAGAUGCCCUGGUCCAGUACGAUGAACUAGAUGCUCUUUUUACCCAAUAUGUCCUGAACUUUGGGGCUGGAGAUACGGCUAACUGGCUCGGGUCAUUCUGCGCCCCGGUGAAGAGCUGGAGCGGCUUGCUGCUUCGGCGGCCCAUCGACAUGGAGAAGAGGGACGGGAUCCAGCGUGGGGAGGCCAGUCUGUUGGACCUGAGGAGCUACCUGUUCUCCCGACAGUGCACACUACUCAUCUUCCUCCAGAGGCCCUGGGAGGUCACUCAGAGAGCCCUGGAGCUGCUGCACAACUGUGUCCAGGAAUUGCGCCUCCUGGAGGUGUCAGUACUGGAGGGGGCGCUCGACUGCUGGGUGUUUCUGAGCUGUUUGGAGGUUCUGCACAGGAUCGAGGGCUGCUGUGAUCCGGCCCAGUUGGCUGCUAACUGCUCUCAUACGGUCGGGUUGUGGGCGUACGCCACUGACAAGCUGAAGUCUCUGGGUGAACUCUGUGGCCUGGUGUCAGAGAAAGAGCCCACGUCAGACGACCUGAACAGGACUGUGGAUCUGCUGGCCGGACUCGGGGACGAGAGGCCUGAGACCGUCAACAGCUUGCAGAGCCCUUACAAAAAGCUCAAAGAAGCCCUGUCGUCGGUGGAAGCUUUCGAGAGGCACUAUCUUGAGCUAUCUCACGCGGCGAUGGAGAUGUACAGAGCCAUCGGCCGGCUGAGGUCUGCCAGACUGGUGGGGAAGAGUCUGGCCGAGUUCUAUAUGAGGAAGGGGGACCCUGAGCGAGCAGAGACCUUCUUACAGGAAGCUCUGAAGUCGUACGUGUCUGAGGGAUGGAGCCUCCCCGUCACUCACACCAGGAAACAGAUCGCUGAGUGUCAGAAACUGCUGGGCAGAACUGAAGACUACCUGCAGACCAGUGCCUUGUUAGCUGGUGAUGUGAAUCUGACUACAGAGGAGAGGAAGCACUUUUGUCAAGAGAUCCUGAGCUUUGCUGGCAAAUCUGGAGAUCAGGCCCACAAAGUGACUCUCAGUCUGGGCGUUUUUGCUCAACUUACAAGGCUCCAGUUCCGUCCGGCCACCGCUUCAGUGCACUCAGGAGCCGUGCUGCAGGUGGAGCUCACUCUGCGGUGUUUGAUGCCCGUGUCAGUGAGCAUACAGCAGCUAGCCGCCAGCAUUCAUUUUGACCUGGAGCGCGGAGGAACUAAUGGGAGGUCAAAGUCAGCUCAGAGGCAAACAAACCCAGGCACUGUGGAGUUUAUCGAGGCUAACCCAUCAGCAGGUCCCCCCUCCUCUUCAGCUUGUCCCUCUUUAGAGAUGGAUGAGAUUCAAGACAGGAGUCCCUCGGACAAUUGCCUAAACUCCACCGGAGUGGUUUGUAAAAACACUCAUCUGCUCAUGCGUAUUCAUGACAGCAACUCGCCGCCUGACACGCCCAACUGUGUCAGCCCUCCAGCUGUGUCCGUGAAAGAAGGAGCACAGAUGUUGAAAGUGCAAGAUGUGACGUUAGAGCCUGGAAACAACAGCAUCGUUUUCACAGCACCAAGUGGACAGCCGGGCACUUACACACUACGUCAGCUGUUUGCCACAGUGGGUCAUUUGCAGUUUGUGCUGCCUCAUAUCUACCCAUCAGUCCAGUAUGAAGUUUAUUCUCAGGAGCCCCAACUCACUGUGGAGCCUCUCUCAGAGCCGCUGUUGGCCGGUCUGCCUCAGAUGGUGAAGUUCACCCUGCUGACGGGUCACUACGCUGUGAAGAAAGGAGACGCUCUGCAGCUCAGCAACACAGACACCAUGCCCAUCCUGCCCUCAACCAGCUGCACCGCCCGCAUCAGCAACCCCGCCGCUGAGUUGGUCGGCGAAAGCGUCCUGUCCAUUCAGUCCUCUGAAAAAGUGACCAGCAUCAGUCUCCCCGCCUGUCAGCCGUACCACACUCUGGAGUUCCAGCUAGAGGUUUUGUGUGUCAUCCCGUCCGGGUCAGACCGGCCGCCCAAUGAGAGGCUGACAAAUGGGGAGGUCCGCCACCGACCACGCAGCUACAGUCAUCCUGAUACUCCCAUGACCGCCAUCGACCAGAGGAUGUCAAUCGACUGUCCAUGGUCGAUCUACUCCACGCUGCUCGCCCUCACCUUCUACAUCCCCUUCAAGACCAAACACUCGCUGCUUUCUGCUGGAAACAGGAAGUACAUCCAGGUGUGUGUGCAGAAUGUGUCUGAUGUGAGCUUCUCGCUGGCCGAAGUGAAACUGACAGAGAAGCAGCAGGAGUCCCUGGAGCUGCAGUCUCUCAACACUAAAACACAACAGCUCUUGUGCAGUAAGCACAGUGUGUUCUGCUUGUGGGAGGUGAGGUGGAAGGACGACCUGCCCUCAUGCCUUCAGUGUGUUUUCUCUGCAAACUUCUCUCCGCUCAACCAAGACGUCGCCACCUUCAAACCUUUCCACUACCAGUUCCAGCUCGAGAGAGUCACCACUCUGUACAGUGUGAAAGCGGAGAUCUUUCCUCCUCCUGGGGAGCAGCAGUGUCGCUCCGGUCUCCUCUGUGGGCUGGAGGUGUGCUUAACACGACUGACUGAACCCGGAGAGGGAGAGAUCGCCGAGGACAGCAAGACCGACACUGACGGCCUCAAAACCACCAAACUCAUGUAUGAAGUGGCUGACAGCAGCAGUAACUGGGCGGUGUGUGGGAAGAGUUCAGGGAUGGUGUCGAUGCCCAUGACAGCAAGCGCCACCCACAAGGUGCAGAUCGAGGUGAUGCCUCUAUUUGCAGGACACCUGCCCUUCCCCAAGAUCAAAGUGUUGAAGUAUCUGCCUCACACUGCAGCUGUGCCCACCCAACAAGACCCUGACAGCUGUGUAGAAAACGACAGUCUGUCCCUGCUGGACAAGACGCUGGACGACCAGGCAGACACGGCGAGCAUCCGCAGCCGGGGCAGCGUGCAUUCAGUGGGCAGCGGCGACCAGCAGCAGAGGGGCGUGGCCAUGCCGCGCCUGGAGCCCUUCAGCCCCGGGCAGGUGUUCAACCACAGCAACACGCAGCAGGUCCUCGUGCUGCCCGCCACCGACGACCACAUCAUGGAGGUCAACGCUACAUGACCCUGGUGGGGAAACCAAACGCCCCCUUCUUAUAGAACUGAAACCAGGCCCUGGACGGACUCUGCUGAGCUUUUACUCCGGGGGCGAAUCGGGUCCAUGAGUCCAUGUUGAGGACCGGACUCCUCCCUAAGCAUGAAAAGUUCACAUCACUGGAGACAUUACGGACUAGCACAGUGAAGAGCCAAUGACAUCCGCAGAUAAGAUUGACAUAAAGAGUUUUAUUUGCCAUAUGUUGUACAUAGCUCAUUGGAUGGAUUUAUAGUUAUAAAUACAUAAAUAAAUAUAUAUAAAUAUGGACUGUUGAAUCAGUCGUGCUCCUCUGAGCUGAAGAAUCACAGUCCUGAUUGUCCCAUGAUGCACCAAAGCCCUUCGUGUGUGUGUGUGUGUGUGUGUGUGUGUGUGUGUACGCCUCGAUCAGAUACUCAAGUACUGUAACCAUGAUGACUGAGUGAGUCCUGCUGUAUGUGCUGUCCCUGAGCCUCUCGUGUCCUCAGCACUUCUAGAUUUGAGACUUUUGCUUCAGUGCUUACAUUUUAGUACCCAAAAUAAGCUGCUGCUUUCAUAAAAGAAAAAAUAUAAGUCCAUGCAGGUUAAAAAAUGUCAAUACACAGUUGUAGACGUAUCCAAAAUCCUUAGAGACUCUUCUGUUCUGUCCAUUCAGUUCAAGUUCAAGCCUGGUGAUAUAGAUAACAUCUGCGCACCUCUGGCAUGAAAAAGUAAACAAAUCUGCAAGCUCAUGUUUUCUUUCGCUCGUCCUGCUCAGACAAGCUUCCGUCCAAACCGAAACAGGUCGGGCCAAUCACAAGCUUUUAAACAAUAUGUGGCUUGUAAUAAAAAUGGCUGCCGCUUAUGUUGAAUAUGCUGAAUCUGCUGGAUAGAUGGUCAUACGUGUAAGGAAUACGGUAAAUGCUGAGCGUUGAUACCAAACCAUGUCACGCCAGGCACAUGUGUAUUAUGUUGAAAUAGAAGCUACAAGAUUUGGACGUUGAAAGGAGCCACCUCACCUCGCAGCCCAUCACUUUGUAUCAUGUUAAGGUUACUGUGAUAGUUCUGAUGCACAGGGACAUUUUGGACUUCAUGUGUUAGAGCGGGAAAGUGAACUGAGAGACUUGUUGGUGUUUAAAAAAUCAGGCUAGGACUUUUCACAAACUGGAGGUGACAUUUGUUGACUUCUCCUGCUAAGAUUGAUAAUUGGCUGCCUGAUGAUUGGCUCGUUGAUCAGUCGUGUAGAAAUGACACGGUGAGCUGUGAUUGUUGGGGGACCAGCAGUGUCAAAGUAAAACCAUAGUGAAGUCUCAUCCCAGACAUUUUGCCAGUCAGGUGAAGAGCCUUUUGUUGGGGUUGCCUUCUUUGUUUUGAGUCAUUUGGAAAGAAAUUUGACUUUUCUUUACUCCAGACUAGAGGAAAUAUGUUUGCUACUUAUAUUUGGUCUUUUGUGUUCGCCCAUGGACAUUCAUCUCAUUCACUGGUCCUAUUGUCAUAACAAAUUGUGCAUGCAGAGCAUUUUUAAAGUUGCAAUGUGAGGUUCAGUUACCUCUGGCAACUAUUUGAACUUCUUGAGAAACCUAGUAAAAAUCUGUUGCAAAGAUCAAAUUUACAAAAACUGCAGUUUAUGUCUUGAAAAGGAUGAUCACCAGUUACUGUUUUAAGGAUCAUUCAAAGGAACUGUUCAAAGUGCAUCAACUGUUACAGCUAAUCAGGUUAAAUUAAGAUAACGAUGUUACCAUCUUUGCACAGAACAGCUUUUUAUUUAACUUAUUAAGCUAAACUGAGGAACAUAAAGCACUCGUAUCAGUCCAACAGAAAGGCUCGUUUUUGUACUUGCAGGAUGGAGAAGUCUCCUGAUUGUCGGGGGGGAAAAAAAGAAGCAGUGAUCGACUUUUUAUUUUGAACAAAAGCAGUGACUUAUUUUGACUUAAAUGCAAAAAAAGCACAAAUUUCUCAAAUGCAACCCAGUGACGUCCUGAGGCUCAGAGUGUAGCUGUGUGUGUCGUGUGUGUAUCUCUUCUGCUGUAGUUCUGUGAAUGUGUGAGGGUCCAGGUGUGUGUGAGUGUGAGUAUGCGUCUGUACGAGUGUGUGUGACUUUUAAACAAGGAUCAACCGAUGCACAUUAUUGUCUAUCUAUUGUCUGACCCUUCAGUGGAUUGUUCAUAUAUAGUGUGUGUGUGUGUGUAUUUAUUCUUUUUGUGUGUGGGGUGUGUGUGUGCGUUGCCAAAUCUGUGUCUGAGCUAUGCACACAUACUGUUAGUUAAGAGUUGAAUAAAUGAAUGAAAUAAGUAAUUACUGGAUUUAUUCAUUCAUUUAUUUGAGGGAUGAUUGUCAGCUACUUAUGCCCCCCCCUCCCCCACUACAGCCCCCCCCCCCCUGCUCCUCUUUGACCACUGUACAUACUGAUCUGUAAAUAAUGAUUCAAAUCAAAAUCAUCUUUGAUUGCCAACUAUAUUAAAAAAUCAUUGGAACUGA